GAGACCAACGAAUAAGAACAAAGUGCGUCAUUUCCUAUUUACGUUCAUUUUCCCGCGCUGGUUGUUUGUAGGAUCAGCUGUCAUUGAGAAUCAACACUGCUCAAUUUAAACAUGUCAAACUCCGAUUAUGAUCCAGCUUGUUUGCCUGACUUGUUACCGCUGUAUUAUCGCAGACUAUUCCCGUUUCCACAGUACUAUCGCUGGUUAAGUUAUGGCGGUGUGUCUAAAAACUACUUCCAAAACCGUGAAUUUUCCUUCACGCUAAAAGAUGACAUUUAUGUCAGAUAUCAGUCCUUCAGCACUCAGAAUGAGCUGGAGAAAGAGAUGCAGAAAAUGGUUCCUUACAAGAUUGAUAUUGGAGCAGUCUACAGCCAUAGGCCCAGUCAACACAAUGCUGUGAAGUCUGGAACCUUCCAGGCCCUGGAGAAGGAGCUGGUGUUUGACAUUGACAUGACAGACUAUGACGAUGUCAGACGUUGCUGCAGUGCUGCUGAUAUCUGCUCAAAGUGCUGGACUCUAAUGACCAUCGCUAUCCGUAUUCUGGACCGGGCACUUCGGGAGGACUUUGGAUUCCAUCAUCUCCUGUGGGUGUAUUCGGGUAGGAGAGGAGUGCAUUGCUGGGUUUGUGAUGAAGCUGCUAGGAAGCUCUCAGUGGCGGCACGGUCUGCUGUGGCAGAGUAUCUCAGUUUAGUCAAGGGUGGUGAGGAGACCACGAGAAAAGUUGUGCUGUCAGAUCCAAUCCAUCCUUUCAUCAAUCAUUCUCUGUCUGUGGUGGAGCACUAUUUCCCACAGUACGCCAUUGUGGAACAGGACAUAUUAGGCAGUAAAGAGAGUUUAGACAAAGUGCUCGCUCUGCUACCUGAAGAUAUCAAAAAAGACCUGGCAACCUAUUGUCAGAAGGUGAAAAACCCAAUGGAGCGAUGGGGCGAACUCUGCUCUCUGGUUGAACAUAAAAAGUCGAGUACUAAGAAGGGUGGUCAGUACUUCGAUAAGGAGAUUAUGUUGCAGUACUGUUACCCUCGCCUGGAUGUCAACGUCAGUAAAGGAGUCAACCAUUUACUGAAGAGCCCCUUCAGCGUACACCCCAAGACGGGUCGAAUCUCAGUGCCAAUAGAUUUGAAAGAACUGAACACGUUUGAUCCUUUUGACGUUCCUACGAUCAGUUUGAUCUGUGAGGAGCUGGAGAAACCCAGAGCAGAUGAGGUGGAGGACGAGGAUAUGAAGGACAAGGAGAAUGAACAAGAUGCUGGAGAACGACGCAGAAUCAGAGAUUACAAGCGCACCAGCCUGGCCAAGUAUGUGAAGGUGUUUGAUCGUUUUUUGGAGGCAAUGGCUCGAUCUCGGAAAGGAGAGAUGCUGAAGAAGAGUGAUCUUCAGAAGGACUUCUGAGACAGAAGAGCUGGAACAUUACAGCUAAUUUUCAGGUUUUCAUAAUGCAUAACUGCUGACCAUCUGUUUGUAAAGAUACAGACACUUUUGACAUACAAAAAACUACAGUUUUGCUUUCAAACAUUCCAUUGGAGGAUCGGUCAAGUUAUGAAAUAAUGUCAUUUAUUUCCACAUGAUACUGUGUUCCUUUACUUUUCUAAUAAAAUAUUUUCACUUGUGUUCUA